AUGGCAGAAGCACAUCAGGCCGGAACUGGUGCUGGCGGAUUGUUCUACGUCACGCAUCUUGAGAAGGUGGAGAUGACGGGUAGACGACGGUUCAUGGCGAUUAGCCCUGAAGCCGAAGCAGACAUUGCGAAACAAGCGUACCAAGCUGUUAUGCAAGAAUACGGGAACAGUAUGCUUCCUGCGAGCGAUCCGAGAACGAAGCUCGUGAUGAGAGUUAUGAAGAGGAUCAUCGCGGUGUCAGGCAUGACAGACCUCAAUUGGGAGGUGCAUGUCAUUGAAUCCCCUGAAAAGAACGCAUUCGUUUCACCGGGAGGAAAGGUCUUCGUCUUUACCGGCAUCCUUCCUAUUGCGAAGAACGAGGACGGUUUGGCUGUGGUUUUGGGACAUGAAACGGCACAUCAGAUUGCUCGUCAUACGGCCGAGAAGCUAUCUCUCGGAGUGAUCAUCAGCGCCCUUCGGUUUGCGGUGUUCUUCGCUGGUCUUGACAUAGGUCCACUCACCAACUCCUUCUUCCAAUUUCUGAUGGAUUUACCCAACUCACGAAAAUGUGAAUCAGAAGCGGAUCACAUUGGUUUACUACUAACAGCGCAGGCGUGCUUCAACCCUCAAGAAGCCAUUCCUCUAUGGCAACGAAUGGAGGCUGCCGAAGCAGUCGGGGUUCCACAGUUUUUAAGCACUCAUCCGACACCGAAGAACAGAAUUCAGCAGAUGCAGGAAUGGAUGCACGAAGCCGAGGAGAAAAGAGCAAAUAGUAACUGUACCCAGCAGCUUGGUGGCUGGGCAGACCAAUUCCGUAAAACGCAGCGUUACGCUAGAGGGUUUUGA